AUGGCGUCAAAUUUACAAAAAUUGGUUGGAGCAAAGCUUAUCAAUGAUAUGUUGAAAUGUGAAUCUGUUCGACAAAAAGAACGUAAUGAUUGGAAAGUAUUAGUGAUGGAUCGUUUGGCAACAAGAAUUAUAUCAGCAUCAUGUAAAAUGCACGAUAUUAUGUCGGAAGGAAUAACAAUUGUCGAGGAUAUUAUGAAAAAACGUGAACCAUUAACAAUGCUCGAAGCUGUUUAUUUUAUUCAACCGACUGAAAAGUCAAUCAGUGAAUUAGUGGACGAUUUCGAAAAGCAAGGUGUAAACAAAUAUAAAGCUGCACAUGUUUUCUUUACAGAAGCUUGUAAUCCGGAGUUGUUCAAUAAACUGAUCCGCUCAAAAUGUCCGAAAUAUAUCAAAACAUGUCAGGAAGUUAAUAUUGCCUUUUUACCAUAUGAACGGCAGGUAUUUACAUUGGAUUCACCCGAUACAUUUUACAUAAGUUUUAGUCCACAAGCUACUCAGCAACGUAAUAUGCAUCUUGAUCAUAUUGCUGAACAAAUAGCAACAUUAUGUGCUACAUUAGGCGAAUAUCCAUCGAUUCGUUAUCGAGGUGAAAAUGAGAAAAUGGUUGAAUUUGCGCAUGCUGUUCAACAAAAACUUAACCAAUAUAAAGCAGAUGAUGCUACAAUGGGAGAAGGUGCUGACAAAGCAAAAUCUGUUUUGUUAUUAUUAGACCGCGGCUUCGAUGCAGUAUCACCUUUAUUACAUGAAUUAACUUUUCAAGCAAUGGCGCACGAUCUUUUAAAAAUUGAAAAUGAUGUCUAUGAAUAUGAAUUACAAGCACCCGGUGUUGAUCCCAAAGUGACACCACCACAAAAACAAAAAGUAUUAUUAGAUGAAAAUGACGAGCUUUGGACAGAAUUACGCCACCAACAUAUAGCUGUUGUUACACAAAGUAUAACAAAGAAAAUCAAAGAUUUUGCCGUACAAAAACGUGUAAAGGAAACCGAUCGUGAACGUACAACAAUGAAAGAUUUAUCAACAAUGAUAAAAAAAAUGCCUCAGUAUCAAAAAGAAUUGAAUGCAUAUGCUCUUCACUUUAACAUAGCUGAACAAUGUAUGAACACUUAUAAUAAAGAUUUAGGAGAAAAACUAUGUUCAGUUGAACAAAACCUCGCCAUGGGCACUGAUCCUGAAGGAGAACGAAUAAAAGAUCAUAUGCGAAAUAUUGUUCCACUGUUACUCGAUACGAUUAUUGCAAUUGAAGACAAAUUACGUAUUAUUAUGCUUUAUAUUCUGCAUAAAAAUGCUUAUUGUUGUACAGCGCCCGAUACGUACGAUAAAUUAUUGAGUCAUGCAUUAAUACCAACAGAAAAGAAGAAUAUGAUUACAAAUAUGCAACAUUUAAAUUUACAAAUUUUACAGGAUCAAUCAAGGGCGGGGCGACGAAAAAAUAUUCCACAACCACGCAAAGAGCGUUCGGAACCAACAUAUACAAAUUCAAGAUGGAUACCGUAUGUUAAAGAUAUUAUGGAAGAUCUCAUUGACGAGAAGCUUGACUUGCGGACAUUUCCAUCGCUUGGACAAAGAAAUGUAACGUCAAAUUUUCCAGCUCAAAGCUCAAGAGAAAAAUUUGGAGCAUGGAUGCAUGCUGGACGAAAAGGAGCACCGGGUCGCUCUGGACCGAGACUAAUCAUAUUUAUACUUGGUGGUGUAACAUAUAGCGAAUUACGCUGUGCCUAUGAAGUAACUCAAACAAAUGGGAAAAAAUGGGAAGUUUUCAUAGGAGGUGAUCAUAUUGUAACACCCAAACAAUUUCUCAAAGAUUUAGAAAUGAAACCACCAAAAGAUGAUGAACAACAAUAA